CAGGCUCCGGGCCAACCCAGUCUCUCAGUGCGACCCGAAAAUAUAGCUCCGGCGGUCAGAGGCGGAGCCGGGGCACGUCUCUCAACGCGCUCCGGCUCGAUUGGUAGGCCUCCCGCGGCGGGAUACCCGUCGCGCUCCUGGGGCCCGCGGCGGCUGAGCCGGGUGGGACCGGGCGCAGUGCUGGUGGGAGGCCGCGACUGAGGACGGCAACUCAAAAAUUUUAAAUUGCCAAUCUCUGCUUCUUUUGAUUCUGCAAAAGAAACUAUAUCUCCAACAGUUUCUGAAGCCCAGGAGUCCAGUAAAUCAUCAAACAGACUCAUGAAUGAAAAACAGCGGGAGGAAGCAGAAUGGGAAAGCAUAAAUGUGCAGUUGAUGACGCAUGGCCUAAGACCUUUAUCUCUAGUCAAAAGAACAGAUCUUAAAGAUCUCAUCAUUUUUGACAAACAGUCAUCACAGAGAAUGAGACAGAAUUUGAAAACAUUGAUGGAAGGAAUAGCACGUCAACAGAACAUGAUCCAGGAGCUCAUAGAAACUAAUCAGCAGCUUAAAAAUGAAGUUCAGCUACAACAAAGCCAAGCAGCAGAUCAGGAACAACGAGCUAAUGACUUGGAACAAAUUAUGGAGAGUGUGAAAUCCAAAAUUGGUGAAUUGGAAGAUGAAUCCCUAAAUAGGGCUUGCCAACAACUGAAUAAAAUAAAAGAUCUUCACAAAGAACAUAAAGCUUUACAGGCAAAAUGUCAGCAUUAUAAGAAAAAAGAAAUGGAACAACAAGAGACUAUUGCGUCUUUGCAAAAGGAUAUCUAUAGAUUAACAAAGGAGGAGGAAGAACGCAUUGUCACUCAAAACAGAGUGUUUGCUUAUCUCUGCAAAAGAGUUCCUCAUACCAUCUCGGAUAAACAGUUGCUUUGCCUAAUUGAUUACUAUGAAUCUAAAAUUAGAAGAUUUCAUAAACAAAGGCAAUGUAGAGAAGAUGAAAGUCAGGCAGAAGAAGACGACUACAGGAGUUUGGAUACAUCACCAAAUUAUAAAAGCCUGCUAAUGUCAUUACAGAAUCAACUCAAGGAAUCGAAAUCCAAGAUUGAUGCACUUUUAAGUGAAAAACUGAAUCUUCAAAAAGAUUUGGAAGCCAGGCCCACACAGCAUGAAUUAAGACUUUAUAAACAAGUGAAGAAACUGGAGAACGCCCUUAAGAAAAGCACCAAAUUACAAGAUCUCAGUCCAAAACAGGCUGAGGAUACAGAGAAAAAAGAUGAGCCCAGAAAAGAUAACCAGCGGCAGGCCUUUACUGACCAGAGAUACUUUCAGGUGCUGAGUAGCAUUAAUUCAGUUAUUCACAAUCCAAGAGUUCCAGUAAUAAUUUAUAAACAGAGCAAAGGAAGCAUUCAACAUUUUAAUAAGGAUCUUGUUCAAGAUUGUGGAUUUGAGCAUCUUGUUCCUAUAAUAGAAAUGUGGGCAGAUCAACUGACUUCCCUAAAGGAUUUAUAUAAGUCCUUGAAAAUACUAUCUGCAGAACUGGUGCCUUGGCAUAAUUUAAGGAAACAGGAUGAAAAUGAAGGUAUCAAAGUUGAGGAUCUGUUAUUUAUAGUAGACACCAUGUUAGAAGAAGUUGAAAAUAAGGAAAAGGAUAGCAAUAUGCCAAACUUUCGAACUCUGCAGGCUAUUGUUUCUCAUUUCCAAAAAUUAUUUGAUGUGCCUUCUUUAAAUGGAGUGUAUCCCCGAAUGAAUGAAGUUUACACUAGGCUUGGAGAAGUGAACAAUGCUGUGAGAAACCUCCAAGAACUUUUAGGAUUAGAUAGAUCAUCCUCAUUGUGUGUGCUGGUGAGCACAGUUGCAAAAUUGUGUAGGCUGAUUAAUGAGGAUAUGAAUGCACAGGUUAUGCAGGUAUUGGGACCUGAAGACCUCCAAAGCAUUAUCAAGAAAUUGGAAGAACAUGAAGAAUUUUUCCCAGCAUUUCAGGCAUUCACUAGUGAUCUACUUGAAAUCUUAGGCUUAUAUCCUAUGGUUGGAGAAGAUGCUUGAUAGGAUUUCAAUCUUCUUAAAUUUAUUUUGACUUGUUCUGUGGCCUACAUGUAAUUUACCCUGGAGAAUGUUUCAUGUGCACUUGUGAAGAAUGUAUAUCCUUUUGCUUUUUAUUGGGAUGUUCUGUAUAGAAUAAGUCCCUUGCUCUAAUGUGUCAUUCAAAGCCACUGUUUCCUGAUUGAUUUUAUGUAUGAUCUAUCCAUUGAUGUAAGUAGGGUAUUAAAGUCCCCUACAGUUAUGGUAUUAUUUUCUAUUAUUUCUUCCUUUAAGUCUGUUAAUAUUUACUUUAUAUAUUUAGCUACUCCUAUGUUGGGUGCAUAAGUAUUUAUAAAUGUUAUAUACUCUUGUUGGAUUGAUUCCUUUAUCAUUAUGUAAUGUCCUUGUUUCUUAUUUGUUUUAAAGUCCAUUUUGUCUAAAGCUAUCCCAGCUUUCUUUUGGUUUCUAUUUGCAGGGACUAUCUUUUUCCAUCCCUUCACUUUCAAUCUGUAUGAAGUCUCUUAUAUAGAUGAAUGCGUCUUUUUUUUUCUUUUCAUGCAGCCACUCUAUGCCUUUUGAUUGGAAAUUCUAGUCUAUUUACAUUUAAAGUCAUUAUUGAUAGGUAUGUUCUUAUUGCCAUUUAGUUAAUCGUUUUCUAGCUACUUUGUAGUUCCUCUCUGUUCUUUCUUCUUUUGUGUAGUAUGCUUAGAUUUCUUUAUCUUUUGCGUACCCGCUAUGGGUUUUUGCUUUGUGGUUACCAUUAAGGUAGGCUUAAAAGUUGUUAUAUGUAAGCUUAAGUUGAGAAUUUAAGUUUUAACACAUUCCGAAGUUCCACAUUUUUAUUCCCCAACUCAAGUUUUCU